UAUAACAAAGGUUAACCCAAUUCACUUUUCAUCGUUUCUCUCUAAAAGUUUCAUCUCUGUUUCAACUUCAAGCUAUAGGCUAGACAGGUUCAGACAUUCUAGCUUCAACCUUGAAGUUGAAGAUCAAAACUGAAAACAGUAGUUUAGAUAUCAUUUUGACAUCGUCUGUAGGUCAUUGGAGUUAGAGAAAUUCCAUGAGCUAGGUGUUUCAGUUCUUUUUAUCAUCUCGAUUCUUGUUUUUCUCUUUGGUCACAUCCCGGGAUUCCUGCUUACAUAGGUGAACGUGAAUUCUGAGGGGCGUCAGAGUCUCAGAACUCGGUUUUUGUUAGGUAUUUGCAUACAUAAAUUAAACUGUGGUCAGUUUGGUUGAGCUACGACGUCGGAGAUGGGGAACUGUCAAGCGGCGGAAGCAGCGACGGUGGUGAUUCAACAUCCGGGGAGCAAGAUCGAGAGGAUUUAUUGGUCCGUCAGCGCUAAUGAGAUUAUGAACUCCAACCCAGGCCAUUACGUAGCACUUGUUGUCACUUCACCCACGAUGAAAUCAGAGAAUGGUUUGCCAUUGAAGCAACUCAAGCUCCUGAGGCCUGAUGACACUCUCUCAAUCGGAAAUGUUUAUCGCCUCCUCAGCUUUGAAGAUGUAUUGAAGGAGUUUGCGGCAAAGAAGUGCAUGAAACUUGGGAGAUUGAUCAAGGAGAGAGGUCCAGAGUGGCGUCUUCCGAAACCAAACCCGACCCGGAACUCGAAAACUGAGAAGUGCAGUUAUGUUAGGGCGGAGGUGGGGGUAGCAGGAAGCAGUAACAGAGUCGGGGGAAGGCAUCAUGGAGUUGGUGGUAGCGGUGGACAGUGGAAGCCAGCCUUACAGAGCAUUGCAGAAAUUGGAACUUGAAAGCACUUCACUUUUCACUACACGCCAAACUCCUCUGUGUCUCGCUCUGUCAUUCUCUCCUGACCAAUAAAAACUAAACAACAACCAUUCUACCCAUAUGAUAAUUUUCAUUCUCUGUUUUAUGUUUUUAUAGAUAUAAAUUUGUUAGGAUGAGUAGAAAACGGUUGUGUUAGGGUUUGUGUUAGAUGUAACGCAUGGAUUUGGAGACAGUCUAGCUUCUUUAUCUUGAGCAAUGUAAGUUUGCGGGUAUGUUUGAAAAUACUUUUGAUGCCAUCAAAA